CUGUUCUCAACCAGGAUGGUACUCGUCAAGGAAUACCAAGUGCUCUUGCCAUGUUCUGUCGAAGAGUACCAGGUCGGGCAGCUGUACUCGGUGGCGGAGGCAAGCAAGAACAACACGGGCGGCGGAGAGGGCAUCGAGAUCCUGCGGAACGAGCCCUACGAGAAGGACGGCGAGAAGGGCCAGUACACGCACAAGAUCUACCACAUACACAGUAAGGUGCCCGGCUUCAUCCAGAUGUUUGCGCCUGAAGGAGCUCUGGUGUUCCACGAAAAAGCCUGGAACGCCUAUCCUUACUGCCGCACCAUUGUUACGAAUGAAUAUAUGAAGGAUGAUUUCUUUAUUAAGAUUGAGACUUGGCAUAAACCAGACAUGGGAACCAGCCACAACCCCCAUGGUCUUCCCCCUGAAGAGUGGGAGGAGGCCGAGGUGGUUCCCAUCGACAUAGCGGAUCGCUCACAGGUGGACGAUUUGGACUAUAAGCCAGAUGAAGACCCUGCUAUCUUCCACUCAGAGAAAACAGGCAGAGGACCACUAGGACCCGGGUGGAAGAAGGAGCUUCAUAACAGCAGCUGCCCCUACAUGACGGCCUAUAAGCUGGUGACGGUGCACUUCCGCUGGUGGGGUCUACAAGGCCGAGUAGAGAGCUUCAUUCACAAGCAGGAGAAGCGUCUCUUCACUAACUUCCACCGGCAGCUGUUCUGUUGGCUGGACCGCUGGGUGGAGCUCAGCAUGGACGACAUCCGCCGCAUGGAGGAGGAGACACAGAGAGAGUUGGACCAGAUGCGGAAUGAGGGGGAUGUCCGAGGCAUGAAGGCAGGCGAGGACUAGAGGAGGCGGAGUCUGCCCUCCCCCCUGUCGCUCGCCCAAUCACAGUUUGCCACAUCAUCACUAAGCCCCUUCCAAACAGGAAACAGGUCAUCCCUGCCCCCAGGAAGCGUUUUUGUGUGUGUGUGUGUGAGUGUGUGUGUGUGUAUGCGUGCGUGCGUGCGUGCGUGUGUGCGUGCGUGCGUGCGUGCGUGUGUGUGUGUGUGUGUGGGUUUUCUGUGUUAUGGACUCAUCUGCGGCCAAACCUCUCUGGACUUGUGGUCCUCACGCCGAGCAUCAUGUCUGUUAAGUUCUCCUGUUCUCCGUGUUCCUUUAAAUGAAGUAUUAGAACUGUUCCGUCUGUCGCAUGGUUACCGUGGGAACCAUCAGCACAUGAAGAGGAGUUGGUCAGAGGAACAUUUCACUAAACUCAACCAUGAUAAACUACUAAAGCCCUUA